CGCAAAUAACAAAGGAGCCGCACAAAUACUCCUGGAUCGUUUAGGAGAUACUCUGCAAUCUAUCCACUUAUCCUCUCAAUCCAACCCCAACAUGAGAAGCUGCAAAGCUCCAAGAAACUCGAACCAUUGCCCGCAAAAUUGACAGAAAACGCAAUCCCAUCUCCUCUACCUCAGUCGCCCAUGGCGUCGAUCCUGGGAAACUCCUCGGCGGCAGUCUUGACGUCGAGGCCCUUCUAUUCUUCCACUUCGAAGCCUUCCCUCCCUUCGCUUUCCCAAGUCUCAGGGCAAAGCUACUGGAGGAAGUACAAUGGCGGGAUUGGAAUCCAGGGUAAGAAAGGAAGGGCACAGCUGCAGGUUGUCAAUGUCGCCACUGAUAUUGACACCGUUGAGCAGGCAAAGAGGGUUGUCGAUAAGGACAGCCAGAGGCCGGUUUAUCCAUUUGCAGCCAUAGUUGGGCAGGACGAAAUGAAGCUCUGUCUCCUCCUGAACGUGAUUGAUCCCAAGAUUGGAGGUGUCAUGAUAAUGGGAGAUCGAGGAACCGGGAAGUCAACCACAGUUCGUUCCUUGGUCGACCUUCUACCCGAAAUCCAGGUAGUUGCUGGCGAUCCUUACAACUCUGAUCCCCAAGAUCCAGAGGCCAUGGGUAUGGAAGUCAGAGAAAGCAUCACUAAAGGUAAAGAACUGACCGUGGUCCUCACCAAAAUCAACAUGGUCGACUUGCCCUUAGGAGCUACAGAGGAUAGAGUCUGUGGAACCAUCGACAUCGAGAAGGCUUUGACAGAGGGUGUCAAGGCAUUUGAGCCAGGCCUUCUUGCUAAAGCCAACAGAGGGAUUCUCUAUGUGGAUGAAGUGAAUCUUCUGGAUGAUCAUUUGGUCGAUGUUCUUCUCGAUUCUGCUGCCUCGGGGUGGAACACAGUGGAGAGAGAAGGUAUCUCAAUCUCGCACCCUGCUCGGUUCAUUUUGAUCGGCUCCGGUAACCCUGAAGAAGGAGAGCUGAGGCCUCAGCUGCUUGACCGAUUUGGGAUGCAUGCCCAGGUUGGGACUGUGAGGGAUGCAGAGCUGAGAGUUAAGAUUGUGGAGGAGAGAGCACGGUUUGACAGAAACCCGAAGGAGUUUCGAAGUUCUUAUAUGGCUGAGCAAGAGAAGCUUCAGCAGCAAAUUGGGGCUGCUAGGGCGUGCCUUGGUUCGGUGCAGAUAGAUCACGACUUGAAAGUUAAGAUCUCGAAGGUGUGUGCAGAGCUCAAUGUGGAUGGGUUGAGAGGAGAUAUCGUGACUAAUAGAGCUGCCAAAGCUCUUGCUUCUCUCAAGGGUAAGGACAAGGUGUCUGCUGAAGAUAUUGCCACUGUGAUUCCCAACUGCUUGAGACACCGUCUUAGAAAGGAUCCAUUGGAGUCGAUUGAUUCGGGCUUGCUUGUGAUCGAGAAAUUUUAUGAGGUUUUUAGCUGAGGCUCUAGUACUACUUUGUCGGACCUUUUCAGUUUGAUUUGAACAUCUUUUUUUGUCACAUCUUGCUAAUUCGAUGUUUGGUUCUAAUAUACUAGUUACUUAGCUGGGUAGCAAUCGUAUUGUAUGAUAUAGUAGUAAUCUUUAAGUUCCAAAAUAAGAUGUAUUGAUCACUCUAGCAGCGGCAAAAUAAGGAAAGAGUUUGAGGAGCAAGGGUACUACAAACAAACUCGAGAAUAGCAGAAAUGAAAUUAUGCUGAUCGAACCCAGGAAACAUAUAAGAAAAGUUUGCAUCUUUU